AUGUUUUUCAUAUCAAUUAUCUUUCUAACUAUUAUCACUUUUUCAAUACAAUCAGGUCAACCAUCAUUAAAACUAACAUUUAUUCCUGAUGAAAAAUAUUAUACAAGUGAUCAUCAAGUUGAUAUUCUGUGUGAAGUACUUAAUCCAAGUGAUGAUACAGAAGCACCACAGUUAUGGCAUAUUGAUUUAAAAAAUGGUAGACGUACACCAAUAAUUCGUUUAUUUAUAAAUACACCACCAGAUGAUGCACCGGAUUCAUUCAGACGAAAUUCUAAUAAACGUAUAGAAUUUAUUAAAAAGAAUCAUUUACGUAUAAAAAAUUUACAAUUAGAAGAUUCAGCCCGAUAUGACUGUAAUUGUCCUAAUUGUGAACAACGGUUCGCAGGACAGAGAAGAUUUUUACAAGUUAUGAGAUUAGCUGAACCUAGAUGGCAUAUUGAAUCUGGUUGGCCAAUACAAGAAAAUGCUAAAACAACAAUAAAAUGUACAGUUGAUGAUUUUUAUCCAUAUGUUAGUCAUAAAAUAAUUCUGAACCAUCAGGAAAUAACUGAUGAAGGUAGAAGUGUACCAACAAAUCCUAAGAAGUUUUCACAAAAGUUUUCUUGGGAAGCAACUGUUAUACCCACAGCUGAUUGGCAUAAUCAAACAUUACAAUGUACAGUUACUCAAGGCAAUACAGAACACCAUGCACUUAAAGUUCUUGAUGUUUUAUUUACACCACGCUUUCUUAAAUGUGAUGAAGAACAAUAUGUUAAUUCAACAAAAGAAAAUGCAACAAUUGAAUGUUCAUAUUCAGGAAAUCCAGCACCUACAUUAACAUGGUUUCAUCAAACAGAUGAAAAACCUAUUAAAUCUGAAACAGGUAUUACUAUUGAAACAAAAGAUGAACAUCAUGGUAAAUAUAAAAGUAUUGUUACAUUUGAUCGUGAGAAACUAAUUGCUAUGUCAUUAACGACAACAACACUGACAACAUCUUCUAAUGGAAAAUCUGAUAUAACAAUUAAACCAAAAGCUACAGGAGAUAAUUAUUAUCAACAAUUACUAAAUGAUGGAUUUAUUGUUAAAUUAACAUAUAAUAAUGAAGAAAAAGGUUUACAUAAAAUAAAUAUAGUUAGUGAUGUAGAUGAAGUGCGAUCAAAUACAGUUGAUAGUUCAUCAAUUAAAACGAUACAAAAUCUAUCAACAUCUCUUAUGUUAUUAUCAUUUUUAACUGUUCUCUAUAUGAUACAACAUCUUUGA